AUGCAUAAAACGGCGCAGGCUUGGUUCUCCGGCGGCCCCAGCAACGAUCUCGACGCGAAGACGACGUCUCUGCUCGCCGACUGGAACGCAUAUGCCGCCUCUUCCAACGCUGACGACGGAGAUCCCUCCGCGUUCGAUCUCGAAGCUGCUGUAAGGACCGCCAACGACAAAGUCACAUCGACCUUCAGCGUAGUUUCGAAAGGAGUGAGAGAGUUACCUGGGAGCUUCAACUCUGCCACAAGCAAUGUUCCUUCAGGAAAAUCUCUUUUGUACUUCGGGUUCUUCCUUGCUGCCGGCGUCUUUUUCAUCUUCAUUGCUUUCACCAUUUUCCUACCUGUAAUGGUGCUCAAGCCCCAGAAGUUUGCAAUCUGCUUCACUAUUGGGUGUGCCUUUAUAGUCGGUUCAUUUUUUGCCCUCAAGGGCCCAAGAAGUCAGCUCAGUCACAUGUUAUCAAAAGAGAGACUACCUUUUACGUUGGGAUUUCUUGGAAGCAUAGCGGGCACAAUUUAUGUAUCCAUGGUUCUCCACAGCUACAUUCUUUCUAUUCUUUUCUCUGUGUUGCAGGUCCUUGCACUAUCGUACUAUUGCAUCUCGUACUUUCCCGGAGGAUCGGCUGGGCUGAAAUUCCUCUCAUCGACCCUGGCUUCUUCUGUGCUAAGAUGUUUUGGACGAUGA